UCAUCUCAUUUUUCUCUUUCUCCAUGCAGCUCAUGAUACCGGCAACCCAUUAUACCAAUGCCAGUAUGGUCUACGAGUGAAUAUCACUGUCAAACAGAGGGAUUGUCAUUAUCCUGUCUCUCCAGAAGGAAUGGAAUGUUUAGAUCAUGGAUUCUGCUCCACAAAUAUCGCUAAUAGCAACUACACCUGUAGCUGUUGCCAUGGCUACACAGGUGCUUACUGCGAGGAACUGGAUGGAUGUGCAAGCCACGAGUGCGUCGGGGAGGCGCAGUGCGUCGAUGUUCGACAAGGUUUCGGGGGACACGACUACGAAUGCCAGUGCCCUGAGGGGCGGAGUGGUGUGCGUUGUGAGGUUGAAGUGAACGAAUGCCAGAGCAAUCCCUGUGAGAAUGGCGUAUGUGUGGACAGACCCGGUACAUUCCAGUGCUAUUGCGUUCCAGGCUACACAGGAGUCACAUGCAACAUCCAGUAUAAUGAAUGUGUAUCCAGCCCCUGUCUUCAUGGAGGGUUCUGUGUGGAUGAACUCAAUGAUUACCGGUGCGAUUGUGGCCCCGGUUACACGGGUGAACACUGCGAAACCAAAGUGGACCUUUGUGAAUCAAGCCCGUGUCAUAAUUCAACAGUGUGUGUGGAUGAGGGAAACACAUAUUCAUGCGUCUGUGGACAUGGAUUUACAGGCGUUCAGUGUGAAAUCAACAUCAACGAAUGCGAAUCGAUGCCUUGCUUAAAUGGCGGGAGCUGCAGGGACGAAGUUAAUUCCUACAGAUGUCUGUGUACAGGUGGUUUUGAAGGCGCCCACUGUCAGAUUCCGGAAUCAUUUAUUGAGCACGAUGCACCACAUCAUUCCAAUAAUGGUCCUCAACAGCACAAUUAUUACAUUGUAAUCGGUGUUUUAGCGGGGGCGCUCUCGGUCGCCAUGAGUAUAAUUGCCAUCUGUGUGUGCUGGUUACAAAAGGGUACGAAUCCAAGGAAAAUUCAGCCAGUUGCAGGAGGUGAUGAUGACAGAUUUUUCUACAACAUCAGCAGUGUAACCAAACCUCGUCCAUCGGUUCAAGCUAUCUACGAACUAACGUCCCUAAACUAUAACGCCCAGGUCGACGAGCCUCUCAUUUCGCUCAAACCCAAGUCGAUAUAACGCAUCCUCAUACACUUCCUCAGCUGAUUGUAUCAUAGUGUAGAUAAUCAUUUAUUGUGUGCUUGCCAAUGUAACCAUGUCUGUGGGUGGAUGAUUAUCACAUUUUUUUAUACCGUUGCAACGUUGGAAUAUGUUGGUUUUAUUUAGUUUUGAUGUGCUUUUCAGGGAGGUGGUUUCAUAAAGCUGUUUGGAAGUUAUGCUUGACUUUACAGACAACGGGUGGGUGUUUUCAUAAAAAUGUUCUUAUAGUUGCAAAUGAUUUUAUGCACGACUGGAGCAUGUUCUGUGGUGCUAAGUCAGCUACAUAGGGAUGUAUCAUUUGAUAAUAAUAUAUUGAUUUGUAUAGCGCAGAAAAUAUGUGCAUAUAUUCUACUGCGCUGUAAGUAAGAGCUUAUGAAAUGCUUGAAAACAAAUUUAGAAAUUUAGAAAAGGGUGAAAAAUGAAUGGGAAUUAAUUGAAAAGAUAGGUUUCAAAUCUAAGUUUGAAAGUUUCUACCACGGCAGAAAAUCUAAUUACAUACAGCAAACCAUUCCAUAAUUUUGGGGCUGCACAGGCGAAAGCAGUGGGGAUGUGAAGGAGCAAAUUAUUUCUCACAAGAAAAGGUAACCAGUCAUAAAUAAGGUCAUUUGUAAGUAAUGAACAGCUAUGUGAAUGGUCUACCUAGUGACCCUUUCACAUGCUAAUUCAGGGGGUGAUUCACACAGAGUUAAGUGCAACUUACUCAUACUUAAAUGCCUAUGUGCACAUGUUAUUUAGCAUGUAAUCUAAUCUGACCAAGAUGGUGAUGCAUUAUAUACUGCAUGCACCUGAAAUAUAAGUGUGACUCUAUGUCAAACUUAAAUCUUUGUUUGAUAAACACCCCCCAGAUUAUCAUUGAUUUGUGUUCCCACAUACCAAAUUCUUGUCUUCAACAAUCAAUUUAAUACUUAUUUUCAAUUGAAUUGAAAAGUAGAAAGUUAAAACAGGGAAGAACGAUAUAUCUUACUAAGCACAAAUGAAAGGGGGACACGUCGUCUGUAAAUUUGUGCAUAACUUUUGAACAACUUUAUGAAAUGAGCCCCCGAUCAUUCUGAUGUAGUUUGUAUGUCUGUGGAAGGAUAUAUUCUUCUCUUUAUAAUAUUUUGGUUUUUAUAGCUAUAGGGCACUCAUCCAUGUGAGACCUCCCCCCCUUUCCAAACGUGAAAUCGUGGGGGGGGGUUGAAUCUACUCAUAAGGCUGACUACGUGAAUCCUCACAUUUGUAUUUCAAGAAGUACGUUUGUGUAAUUACAAUUUAAUGUUUGACCCCCCCUCCCCAUUUGAUUUGGUGCUGCUUAUGAAUUAGCCACACUGUCUAACAAUCUCUUUAAUUAACAUUCCUUAAAAUACAAGAAUAUCUGUUAACACAAAAAGAGAUUUCACACUUUCAAAUGUUCUAGCAUUCCAUUACAAAUAUUCCAUUGGUGCUUGUUUUAACUACAUUACUCUAUCAUGCUUUAAGUUUGUUGAUUUGUAAUGUAAAUGUGUUUACAGUCAAAAUAAUUUGAAAACCA